GGGGAAUGAAUACAAAGGGGGGGUAGUCGUUACACAGAGUGGGGUUACAGGGCCAAGCCUCAGACUAAGCCACGCUGUUCCAUGUGGCUUUGCUGAUGCUGCCUGGGGUUCUGAUCUGCUCCAUCGCUUUUCCACCUCGAAACCGUCCUCGGCCUUAUCAUCUACCUGCGACAAGUCGGGAAUUUUCUAGUCAAGCGACCCAUAUAUACCUAUAAGUGCUCGCCAUAAUACGUAGGGAACACGGGAAAUACGUGACGCAAGAUGGAGUAUCCAGACGUACCCGAGCAGCCAUCCCCAUCGCCUCCGGCCUCUCCCAUUCCGGACCGGCCAGCAUCGCCGGAGCUCCCACUCACCAUGACCGCCUCAGCCGUUCUCACGGCCUUGCCUCAAGACGCUAGUUCAGCUCUCGCCAGUGCCGGCGAAUUUGAGCAAGAACGCAUUCUAAUCCGUUUCAAGGCCGUCGGAUCUGCUCCCCAACUUAAGCGCGAGGUGCGGCGGAUAGGCGCGACGCAGAAGUUCGAAGCGGUCGUGUCUCACCUGCGCAAGGCGCUGCGGCUCAACCCGACGGAUGGCUUAUUCCUUUACGUAAACAGCGCAUUUGCCCCUGCUCUGGACGAAAUCGUCGGCAACUUGCAUAGGUGCUUUAAGGACUCGAACGAUCAGCUGAUCGUGGUUUAUUCAAUUACUCCUGCAUUUGGAUGAGCUGUGCUAGCCAUGAUGACCACGCUCUCCGUGAAAAUGCUUAUACGCCUACUCAUGCUGAUGCAGUAAAUCCAAA